AUGGAGGACUAUUGUGGAGACUUAGUUGAGGAAAUGGAAAACUGGUUGUCAAGUGAUGACUUUGACCGCGCAUGGCGUGAAUGCUAUGACCGCGCUUGCAAGGGGUCAACCGGACGAUCAGACAGAAACAUUUCUGAGACGCUUCUUCUGCAAACAGCUGCCAGCUUACACAACCACUUGCCUCUUGGCGCGUUGGAGCGAAUGAUUCCAGCACCUGAUGCGGAGUUCGUGAGGGGAGCCCUCGAAGCAGUGGGUGUUGAAGACCCUCGUCGAGCUGGUCUACAGGACUUGGAACACUUUGAAGCAGCACUGGUGGUGGUGUACACGCAUUUGGCGCACUGCGCUUCUUUAUUGGAGAGUGAGAUGCCAGGACAGGAAUGCAGCGUGAAUUUCAAAGCCAAGAUUAUUAUUUUUGAUUUAGAAACGAAGAAAACAUUCUCAAAGACAGUUUUCCCUGGUCGAAAGGCAAGUACAGUAAGUGCCAUGCAUUUUCAACAGCAGCAGGAUAGAUGUUGUGCAGACUUUGAGAGCUCAUUUACUUGUGCAAAACAUCCGGACACUUCGAAAUUCGCAGUUUGUACAAAACAAGACUCCAUCAAGUAG